AAAAUAUUAUUGCCUCCCAAUACCAUAGAAGAAAAUCAGUUCUGCAUUCUUUUACUAAUUUCAAAUUAGCCAUUAUUCAAGUAUAACUGCUCUCCACAUCCUUUACUGACAAUACCCCAAUGAGUUCUAAAGAUAGUUGGGUGGUGCAGAAGUUUGGUGGGACAAGUGUAGGGAAGUUCGCAUUAAACAUUGUCGACCAGGUUGUGAUACAGAGCCUUUUGAAACAUAAAGUAGCAGUUGUUUGCUCAGCACGAAGCAAUUCCACAAAAGCCGAAGGUACUACGAAUCGCCUGUUACGAGCUGCACGAGACGCCGAGAAUCCCCAAUCGAAACAAUAUGUCACCCUCGUAGAGGCGGUCCGGUUGGACCACCUCCAGGUUGCCGAUGACCAUCUAAAAUCCCCGGAACUCAAGGCCCAAUUAUCCCACGACAUCAAUUGGGAGUGUGAACGGGUUCUCAAGAUCCUCGAGGCUGCUCAGACACUCGGCGAGAUCAGCGCUCGAUGCGUCGAUAAGGUGAUUAGUACCGGUGAGAAGUUGAGCUGCCGCUUCAUGGCCGCCCUGCUUCAAGAUAGAGGGGUCCAAUCCGAGUAUGUGGACUUGGCUGAAGUGAUUGAUUUUCCAAUUGGAAGCCAAGGCCUUGACCAGGAAUUCUACAACAAUCUCGCAUCCUCCUUCGGAAAGAAGAUUGAAGCUUGCGCGGGCAGAGUGCCGGUUGUGACGGGAUACUUCGGAACUGUGCCGGGGGGGCUCCUGGAUGAAAUUGGAAGAGGCUACACCGAUCUCUGUGCUGCUCUCGUCGCCGUUGGAAUCAACGCUGAGGAGCUACAAGUCUGGAAAGAGGUGGAUGGAAUAUUCACAGCAGACCCUCGCAAGGUUCCGACAGCACGCCUUUUACCAACCAUCACCCCGGCAGAAGCAGCUGAACUCACCUUCUAUGGCUCCGAGGUGAUUCACCCUUUCACGAUGGAGCAAGUCAUUCGGGCAAAGAUCCCCAUCCGUAUCAAAAACGUCAUGAAUCCCAAGGGAAACGGAACGGUCAUCUUCCCGGAUUCUAGCGAUUUCGAGAGAUCUACGCCGGUUCGUGAUCCUAAGCUGUUCCGAGCACGGAGCCCCAGUCUUAUGUCGACGCUACAAAAGCCGAAGCGACCCACCGCAGUGACUAUCAAGCACAAGAUUCUCGUGAUCAAUGUACAUUCGAACAAAAGAUCCUUGUCACAUGGGUUUUUUGCGGGGAUAUUCUCCGUUCUUGACCGGUGGCGUCUUUCUAUCGACCUUAUAUCCACCAGUGAAGUGCAUGUGUCGAUGGCUCUCCAUUCAGAAUCACCGCUACUGAAUGGCGUUGGGCCGGACGAGUACCAGAUCAUUGACGACGACCUCAAAGGAGCGUUGCAGGACCUCCGGAAGUAUGGAACAGUCGAUAUUAUCCCGAAUAUGGCAAUUCUGAGCCUCGUCGGAAAGCAGAUGAAGAAUAUGAUCGGAGUUGCCGGACGCAUGUUCUCAACACUGGGAGAAAACAGCGUCAACAUCGAGAUGAUAUCCCAAGGUGCAAGCGAGAUUAAUAUAUCCUGUGUCAUCGAAGAAAGGGAUGCUGAUCGUGCUCUAAAUAUAAUACACACGAGCAUGUUCACAUUUCUAGAGUAAUAAAAGCACAUUGUUAUGAGAGCCUAAGACAAUAGAAUAUCAUAGAGUUUCCUCUUGUUAUCUUUCUUUUCGCCUCUCC